UCUGCUUGAAAUAAUAGACAUUUUUGGAGGUAUGAACCGCCGUUCGUUCAUUCUUGCUGCAUGCAGAGAUGUGCCACAUGUUUAUUUCCUCGCUGCUUCUUCUUCUUCUUCUUUCUUUUUUUUUUUAAAGAUUAGGGUGGAAGCUGUCAUCGUAAUGGUAAUUCAUGGCUGGGUAGCCAUGGUGAAGUCAAUUUCCCCCUCCCUCUGCCACUGCUGAAUGCAUUAGUCUAAUGAGAUGUCUGCAGCCUGUGUGCCGAGCAGCAGCAGCAGCAGCAGCAGCAGCAGCAGCAGUGUGUUAACCAAAAAGGAGACGAGGAAAAAGCCACAUACAGCAAGAGCAGGAUGGCUUCCCCUUCAUUGUUAGGGAUUUAGCUUUAAAGUCACCUUUAGGCUCCUGGGAUUUAAGACAAAAAGGGCUUGGCUCUUGGGCUUUCACAAUAGAAGACAGCAGCUCCAAAUGAGUGUACCUGCAGCAACGGCACAGAAAUCAGACGGCAACAACAGUGAAAUGCAAUCAGCUGCAGUGACUCCCUCCUUCCUCCCCAGCCAGUCGGGGAAGAUACCGGGCAGGAAGAGAGGGAGACCCCCGCUCCGCAAUGUCGCCAAGAUGGAUUUUCCAAAUCGUUACCCCGAGUCGCUCUCUCCACUCAAAGUGCCAAAGAAGAGGGGGAGAAAGCCAGGCUUCAAGCUCAAACCCAGGAUGGUGAUGACACCGUUGGCUAUCUCUCCACCCAGCAGCACCCCUGAGCCCGAUAUGAGCUCCAUUCCUCAGGAUGCCGCCACCAUCCCCCACUCUGCCACGCCCCAGGUGCUUACAGUCUGUAUCUACAUCAACAAGCAGGCCAACACGGGCCCCAACCUGGACAGGAAGAAGAUCCAGCAGCUUCCCGAUCACUUCGGACCCGACAGGCCCUCUGUGGUGCUGCAGCAGGCCGUGCAAGGCUGCAUCGACAGCGCCUUCCUGCAGAAAACAGUGUUCACUCUCCUCACACAAGGCUACGGCGGAGAAAAAAUAUCAGGUGUUGUACAAAGACCUCCCUCAGCCACAUUUGAUGGGAAGCAGCACCUUCUCAGCCUCCCCGUGGUGAACAGCAUCGACUAUGUGCUCCGUUUUCUGAAGAAGCUCUGCCGCAGCUUGCACUGUGAAAACCUCUUCAGCGACCAGCCCAUUACCCAACACAGCGGCGGCUCCUACCAGUCCGAUGCUGAAACGUCUAUGGCCGAGGAAUAUCAUUUAGACCAGUCCGACGGCAAACGCUACUCCGUGGACCCGGGAGAUUCUGCUUUCAGCUCCAUAAGCUCGUCCUACUCGCCAAAGUCUUCCUACGGGUUUCGUGCAUUGCAGCAGUUCUCCAAUGGCUCGGCCUCCAUGAGCAUGUGCAGGCAGUCGUCCACCAGCCCGAGCACGUUCCCAGAGACCAACAGGACAGGAGGUUAUAAUGCAGCUUCAGAGUCCCAGGACUCCAAACCUCCACCCAAUAAGGACCCAACUACCUGGUCUGUAGAAGAUGUUGUCUGGUUCAUCAGGGAUGCGGACCCCCAGGCUCUCGGCCCCCAUUCAGACGUCUUUAGGAAACAUGAGAUCGAUGGAAACGCUUUGUUACUCUUAAAGAGCGACAUGAUCAUGAAGUACCUCGGACUGAAGCUGGGGCCGGCCUUGAAGCUUUGCUACCACAUCGACAAACUAAAGCAGACUAAGUUCUGAAAACCUUCUACUAUAUAUAUUUCCCUUCCUUGAAUCCAACAAUACAUUUGAGAACAGUCUCCAGGUCUGUGAGCGAAUGGGAAGAGAGUAGAAUCCCCAGGAGUGAGAUGCAUCAUUUCUUUUUCUGCUGUAAAAGGAUAAAAGGAAAUGGGUUGCUACUUGUACAGAUAAUUUAACUUCUUUUUGCUCAUGACAGGGCAACAGUAACUUAUGUUACAAAUCCAAGAAAGCAACACGAAGAGUGACACAUUCAGGUGAUACUGCGCGGAUAUAACUUCAUCUUCAGUCUUCUAUGAAGCAUUUUAACAUUAGCAGGGUGUGAUAAAUGUAGGAAUAUUGUAGAGUAUAAGUAGAGUAAAUAUUAGCUUCUCCAACCUGCAGUUUAUGUAACAUCAACCGGGUUGUUGUUUUAGGUAAUUUAGUAUUUCUUUCAGAGCUAACACACUAUAAAAAAGACAUUUAGCUAGUUUUUCACCUUAAGUUAGCACUCCUUAACCCUGCAAUAACUGAGCGGAAACAAGUUGUGAAAACAACAUAGACAUAUCAUCACCUUUAAGUUGAUAUGGCUAACUUUUAGCCAACAGGUGCUUAUAUACACACCAACAAGUAUGCAGCAACUCUGUUUUGGUCUCCACCAACUCCAGAGGGAAAUAUCUGGCUCGUUAGCUGCUAAAUGCUCCACGAUGUUCACCAGCCAGUCGUAUUGUUUGUAUCUGCUGUUUGGUGCUGAGUAGGUACUGUACUGGACUUUAGAGCAUUCUCGGUAAACAGCUGCCUGCUGUUCUGGAAAAUGAUGCUAUGAGAUUAGUGGGAAUCACCCAAAAUAAUAAAAGUUGGAUCAGACAGCCAAGAAAUGACCCGCUGUUGAGCUCUGCAAACCCGAGAGGAGCUGCAGAUUCAGGUGAUACAUUUUUACAUUCAGUGAUGCAUUAUUAUUAUUAAACAAACGAUAAUAAUUGAGCUGCUUUAAAGUCUUGAGCAGAGAAACUCUGAAUGUUCAAAUCUGGUUGGAUAAAGGAGAGACAUAUACCACUAAAGGAAAUACCGGAGACCCUUCUCUCUUCCCAUUGACUCGCAGAUCUGGGUUCUCCAGACGUGAGGUCCACGCUCGGACCCUCUUGGUACAUUUUGCUGAAGAAUUCCAUGAUGUCAUGUAGUGAUAAUGACAUAUUCACCCGUCUCUUCUCUUACUUACUUGCUCUACUUUUGGCACAGAUUUUAAACUGAAAACAGAUUCAGAUGACAUUGUGGAAUGGAUCCUUCAUACACGUGAACAUAUUGUAAUCAGUAGAAGGCCAGUGUAAGAAAGUGUUUGUCUCAUAAACCUUCAAACACACACACACACACACACACACACACACACAC